CCGCUUGGCUUUUUAAUUUGACAAGUGACAGAAAAUGUAAAGCAUCGACAUGGCGGGUAUUCGGGAAAUAGACAAAGCAUUAUUUCCAAUAAAGAAUAUAUCAUCAGUUAUCCAACUUUUCAAGAAUCAAUUAGAAGAUGCUUGCGAACCGGAUUUAGCUUUACUGUCAAUAGUCGCAGGUGCUGUCGAGAACUCGUUGACAUGCCGGUCGAACGCGGGCUUGCAGGUAUGCGAACCAGUGGAACCCACAAGUCUACCAGUCCUGGAGUUUCACACCAUCGAGACCCUCUACAGUAAGUUCCACACCAUAAUGAAAAGUGCCGUCGAGCCCAACAAGGGUUUCAAAUCUUACGCCACGAGAGAGCUCGUCAAGAAGGUCUCAGACGUCGUUUGGAACUCCUUAACCCGCAGCUAUUACAAAGACAGGGCCCAUUUGCAAAGCUUGUACAGUUACCUAACGGGCAGCAAGCUGGACUGCUUCGGAGUCGCUUUUGCCGUGGUCGCCGGCUGUCAGACGCUCGGCUACACAGACGUGCAUUUGGCACUGUCCGAGGACCACGCAUGGGUCGUCUUUGGAGAGAGAGGCACGGAGACGGCAGAAGUGACGUGGCACGGUAAAGGCAACGAGGACAAGAGGGGCCAAGAGAUCGGAAAGGGAGUUUCGGCUAGAUCUUGGUUAUACGUAAACAAUAGGCCAGUAAUAUGUACGAGGCACAUGGAGGUGGCUGCUCUGGUUUCGGCGAUAAAUCCUUCCUUAAAUGCCACUCAUGACGCUUUCGAAGUGGCUUUACUACAACAGGAGUUACUGUGGCUUUUGUAUGAUCUGGGGCACUUGAAGAAGUAUCCCAUGGCCAUUGGCAAUCUUGGAGAUUUGGAAGAGAUUGCUCCUAAAGAAGGAAGGACGCCAUGUAAUGUGUUAUUCGAAGAGGCCAUAUCGUCUGCACGUACCUAUUAUAAUAAUCAACAUGUAUAUCCUUAUACUUAUCAGGGAGGUUACUUUUACCGUAACAAAAUGUACAAAGAAGCUUUUGAGAGCUGGGCGAACGCCAGUGAUGUUAUUAGAUUGUAUAAUUAUUCUCGGGACGACGAAGAAAUUUAUAAGGAAUUCUUAGAGAUAGCGAACGAACUAAUACCUCAUAUAAUGAAAGUUGAAAGCUCAGGUUUCAGUGCAAAUACCAUACUAAAAAAGCCUGAAUGUUUUGCGAAUUUACUCCGUUUUUACGACGGAAUUUGCCAAUGGGAAGAAGGAAGUGCCACUCCUGUCCUACAUAUAGGAUGGGCAAAACCGCUAGUAAAUACGAUAUCAAAAUUCGACGCAGAAGUCCGAGCCCAAGUCGACAUAGUUUGUGGCAAACCAGAAGAUGACACCAAUAAACGAGCAAACGGAGGUUACUACAAUAACAACAACAACUACGAAAAAGAAAACGGAACCAACGAAACCGACAUUUUGACUUCGCUGGGUUCGAAAACUCUCAAAGAUGAUCAGUCUACGUCGAAUUUUCAUCCGAGUAUUGAAGCGUUGACCGCCGCUUGCUCGGAGAAAAUUCUCAACCCUGAUUAUUUGCUACAAGGGGAUGGAUCGCCUUUUGUAGGAGGUGACGAAGCUGUGCCAUUGGAAAAAGAAAACGGCAAGCCCAGCACUUCUAAGCAAGAAGUGGAAGAGAAAAAGGAGGAAGCGAUCCCAGAAAUAGAAAAAAAAGAAGAGGUGAAAGAAAAUAAACGACCGACAAUCAUCCUUCACAGUCAAAAAAUGAAGGAACUAAAAGAUCUUCUGCUGGCAGAAAAACUGAAUACUCACGCGAUAUCUCUACAUUUAACAGCGCAAUCUCAAGUACAAGUGGGUAAAAAAGGUCGAAGUGAGUCUGACGGUGGUAUCCGACCCAAAAGGGCCAGGCGAGAAUAAAGCGUUUAUAAAUUUUGGCGAGAAUCGAUACAGUACUUAAUUAGCAAUGCAGGGCAUUAUAAUUUAAAUGCAAUAUCAUUGGUGGCUUUCGAAGAGAUUUUUCAUCAGAGUUUAUUUUCUUCUUUUCUUUAUAAUUGUACGCUCAUCACAGUUUUACUAGAUUAGCUAGCUUCAUUGAAGGCCUGAAUUCAAAAUCUGAUGAUAACCUCUUCAUGUUUGAAGUAAAAUAAAAAUCCACAAUUGACAUUUUUUUGGGAGCUUGCCAUUUGAUCAGUAGUUGCACAUUAUGAUAAAAGAAAAAUCAGUAUUAUGUUGAACAGAACUGAUAAUUCUCAUAAUUUAUUAACAUAAUAUUAGUCUUUUGACAUAAUUUUCUUAAAGAUAGAAGUAAGGAUAUUGCAGUUAAUUUGAAAGUUAUUAUGAACGCCUCAUUUACUUAUGUGAUUGCACUACCCUCCUGCUUGACGCUUGUUCUUGUUCAGAAUAUUUUAAUUGCACGUUAGUUAAUCUUCUAGUUAGUUGUUAGGUUAUUGUUAAACAUUCCUCUCGUGAUUAGAUCACAAAAUGAGUAGUAUUUUUCGGUUGUUAAUGCAUUUUAUGCAUCUAAAUGUUUUAUUGUGGUAUUUAUUAUGUAUUUUAUUAAGUGUUGUUUGUAAGUUAUUUUCGACGCUAAUUUUAAUCAAAUGCCGAGCAGUUUAAUCCUGCGCAUCUUCUCUAUAUAUUUCACAACAUUAUUACAAUCACGCCUAAACUGAUUUUGUGAUGGUUACUAUUGUAACCAGUAAGGCUGUUUUCGGGGUUAAUAUUUAUUUGCCGCUACCUCCCCUAGCACCAUAUUUUAGUGCAUCUGUGCAAUCAAGUCUACAUAAAAUUAACCUGUUGCCGAUAUAACACGAAUUUAGAUUCUUUUGCUAAAUCUAUGAUUUGUGCUUGCAGUAGUACACUGUUUUUGAUUUUGUUUUGUUAAUACAUUGUGGAGUCUUAAAUUUAGGAAACAUCAACCUAUAGAAUCAUCUUUCUUGUUUAGGAGUAAGAUAAAUUUAGUGAGUAGCUUGAAAAGCUAAUUUUAUUUUUAUAUUCGGUAUUAUAGUGAAACUGAGAAAUGGUACAAUAAUAUUGAGAUUCAAUGACAAAUUUUACAAUCGCGAAGCAGAACGGUUUUUAAAUCGAGGAAUAAAAAGAGCGCUAUAGUAUUCUAUUUAAUUUUGGAUUUGGUUCGAUUUAACGACGUUGCCAAAACGACAUUAUUUGAAAGACAGUGCUUUGCAUUUUGUUCUUUCAUAGUUCUGUUUCUCUUUUUUAACAUGAUUCAGGUUUAGUUCUAGCAAUUUAUCCUUUGAACUUUCAACUGUACCACAGCAAAAUUAAAUUAUUGUAGUCUGUGAUGAAUUAAAGGGUGACUAAUGUAUUUAUUGAUUAAUGUAUUUUGUAGAAAUAGAGGUAUUAUUGAUACAUGUAUUUUUCUAACCAAAAGUAAAUUUAUCAGAUUCUUCCAUUUUGUUUGUUAAUGUUGAAUUAUAUGAAGUCUAACUUUGAAGUUUGGAAAUGAUUGUAUAAGUAUUGUUAUAUUUUGUAGGCUUUUCUCAAUACAAAUAAACAAUGUACAACAUCACAUCUUAGAGUAACUCUGAUUAUUUACAACGUAUACAAUUUAGGAGUUAAAUACUUGUAUUUUCGCCCACAAUUAUUAAUAAAUGAAAUGCAUACUUG